AUGACUGUGGCUGUGGUAACUCGUGACGACCGUUGCUUAAACAUCUGCGUCCAUUUCCUGGACACAAUGUCCACGAUUUCAAAACCAGGAUUACGAACGAAAUGCAUAAUAUUCUAUAUUUUUGAUCGCAUUAUGGCAGGAUUACAUGUUUUUUUUGUAUUAUUAUUAUUGUGAAUGCCUUUAUAGGGCUACGUUUCCUUGAAGUCCCGUGCGCAUGCGCUUUGAUCCCCUCCUAUUUUAUAUUUAAAAAAAAAAAUCAGACGAAAAUGGCUACCUUUCUCAGUUAAACCUCUGUCUUAGAAGAUUAAAUAAAGAUGAAAUACCCAGCGCAUAAUGUAAACCAGGAUCAAGUCAAUAGCCAUGGAAUAUAGGGCUUAGAAUGCAUCCGUUUGUAUCAUGAUGUUGUGGCGGUCAAGAAUGGAAAAUCUAUCCGUUUCAUAUUUAACCCAUUGCAUUCCAUGAUCCGCCUACAAAUUAGAAAAUGAUGCACCAAGUCACUAGCAGCAGCAAUGACUAUUGCAUGAGUGGCAUUGCAGAGGAAUGUCAACACCCAACCAGCCACUUUGACUUAUGUAGCUCGCAAUCCAACAAAUUCUACCCUUCGCCCCCACCCCCUACUCUACAGCUGCCUCGCCCUAACCUACCCACUCUUCCACAAGGCAUGCACAAACCCAUGCCGUGUCAAAUGCAACAAGAGACCCAGAAUGAGUUCCACGCUCAGACAGUGAGGAUCCGAGGGCCCAGUGAGGCUCCAACUGGGCCAGAGAGCUCCAAGAAAAAGAAAGGAAGCGUUGUCAAAUCCGGCCGUAGAGGGAGACCCUCGGGGACCACAAAGUCAGCCGGUUACCGGACAAGCACCGGACGUCCGUUGGGGACCACGAAAGCUGCGGGGUUCAAGACCAGUCCCGGCAGGCCUCUGGGUACAACCAAAGCAGCAGGCUACAAGGUUAGCCCUGGCAGGCCUCCUGGUAGCAUCAAGACUCUGGCUCGGCUCAAGAAACUGGAGUACGGGAGCUGUGAUGGUACCAAGAAACUAGACUUCAGUAACUGCGGCGGCGGAGCAAAGAAACUGGACUAUGCCAGCUGCGAAGUGGCACCUUUCCCUUACACCCUGAUGCAGAAACGAGGCUUGCGUGAGCCUACUGGCAAAAUGGAGGAAACUAACGAGUAGUUAUGCCUUCGUCUCUAUCCAUUGCCUAGAACUCAUAUUUGAAUGCUUGUCCUAAAGGGUGUUGAUGACCAGAAGGGACUCAUGUAGCCAAAAUAUGGGUUGACUUUUGGAUAGGUCUGUCACUGGCUACCUACGAAUGGCUCCUCCUCUCUUCACUGUACUCUGCUGAUAUCGUCACCAUUUAAUCUGUCCCUAUCCAAAGACUGAAAUCGCUCUCUUUUUUUUUCAAUACGUUUAUCUUAUUUUACAGAGAUUGCAUGAUGAGACAUAUAAUACAAUCAAUAUACUUUAGCUAAACAGGAAUGAGAGAAAUAUCCUACUAUUCGUCAUAAUCUUUUCAAAUGCCAGCUGUCUGGAGAAGGGUUGUUGUUUUGUUCUAAUGUUUAAAUAUCUGAUCUGUUUUCUUCAUCUGUUUAUGUUAUGCUCUGAUAUAAUGUGCUUUAUUAUUAGUAGUCUAUUUGUCCUUCUGAUGUUUUCCACAUUGAAAAAUGCAUCGGGAGUAGAAAACAACACAAAACAAACUAGCAAAACGUGAAUCUUAAGCUUCUCCCAGAGUGCAUGUGGCUGUGUUUGUCUUUUUGUGUUGUCUGGUAUGACAUGUAUUUCAUUUGUGUUUAUAUGCAGCAUUGUGAGACAUGGGACUGGAUUCAAUGCGGUAUAACAUUGUUAUAACACAGUUUCUGUCAUUUCGUUUGAACUGUGCAUCUGAAAACCUCUCAUAAUACUUAUUUGACGACAUAGCAAUGGUUAUUUCUAACAAUUUGUAAAUAUGAAUAGUUUUGUCUUCUCAAUCUACUGUAUUAUUCUUUGUUCUUACACGGUAACUUAUCACUUGAUAAAAGCAAACCCAGAAUGAAAUGUUGUUAUGCUGUUGAGUAGGAGAUUUAAUUUUAGAGAGAAAAUGCUAUGUGGUGGAGUAUGUGUAACGACAUUGUAAUGUAUGUAUGAGCCCCCCCCCCCCCCCCCCCCCCCCCCCAAAUAAUGAAAUGGUCAUUUCAAAAUGAUCAUAUUGUCUUGACUGAUAUUUUAAGGGUGUAUAGUGUUUUGACAAUAGUAUAGACAAUUGUGUUUGUAAAGUGCAGACAAAGACCUAUGCACAUCUUAUCAUAUCAUGGGGUCCAGGGCCCACUAUGGGCCAGUGGACCCCACCUUUAUAAAACACUGAUUGCAUGUCCAACUAUUCUUCAAGAUAAAUAUAAGGAAUUCUGUUUUAAUCCUGACAUUCACAUCCUAUAAUGUUUCUAAGGAGAUAUAUGUACAUAAACAUGGGUAUAGUGUAUUACAUGGGCCUAGAAUUACAUAUGGCCUGUAUUGUGAAUCUCAUAGUACUGAGAAACCAAUAUUGAAUGAGGAGAAAAGAACAAGACAUUUCAUAUAAUUUCAACAUAAAAACAUUGGGCCACGUUGAAAAAAAAUCCAAUCUAAUUUUCUUAUUGUCUGGGCCCCUGACAUUGCAUGUGCCUUUUCUUCGCUCUACGGUCUCCAGAGUGACGGCUUCGCAAGGUUACAAAUCGGCAGAUUGGUCAUCAAUGAAGAGAAGCUUGCCUAUCAGGCCGACGCUGAUGAGAUAGUACAGAAGGUGAAGGGGAGAGAAUGAGAGCUGUGGGUCUUUCUUGGCCUACUACUGCUGGGAUUGUGCAGAUCCGCUUUCACAAAUCGAAAAAAACAUACGCUUCAUGCCCCAAUCUGAAAGACCCGCAGUUGGCGUUAUUGUGACCGACCUCCAAAUGGAAGGAGCCAUGACAACAUGAAUCGGUCAUACAGACGGGCUGUAAGGGGCUGCUCAGGCUCAGCAUCAGCCACAGUGUACAGCUCAGGCCAGCCAGAGUUGAGGCCCCCCAAUGGCCUCUCAGUUUCUGCCACUUCCUAUGUAAACCAGUGUAACAGCAGCACCAAGCAUGGUUCAACAGACCAACUGUCGGCGGCCAUGCAACUGUCAACCUCCUCCCUCAAACAGGCACCUAGCUACGUGUAUAACCAGGCAGAGAAGGAGAGGCCACACUGCUACAGUCCUCUGCUGAGGCUCCAGGACCUCUCCACUAUGGUACACAGACCUGGGUCUGAUCUGGGACCCGGGCCCCAGCCUAAGGAUCUCGACGCCAGGAAGCAUUUACACUCUCACAGCCCAGUGGGAGUCUCUAGUUUUGGGGGACCCCUGGUCCGACUGCCCCCCUCUACUGGUAACGAGGAGACAGAACCCUGCGAGGAUUCCAUGCGGGAUCAGAACGGUUUCUCUCCUGUUAGUUCUGAUAGUUUGGAGCGCUGCUCCCCCAUCCCCAAUGGAUACCUGCAUUUUGAGUCCACCUUGUUUGACAGUGGGGACAGGGAGAAUGAGGACGACGAGGAGGAAGAGUUGGUACCUUUUCAACAACACUCUGCUAAGUCCGCCAGAGACAGAACAGUGGCAGACCCUAACACCACCUCUGGUUCAGGGGUAGGCCAUACCAGCACAUACAAACCCUCUGUUCUCAACCUGAUGUCGAAGAGUCUAUCUGAACUGGACCCUACUCUGAGCCCCAGUGCCCUGCCUGACAUGUCCAUGGGGGAUGGCUGGAGUAUGGACCAGGACUCUGACAGUGACAGUGACAGUGCGAUGACAGGAGACACACUUGACCAUGGUCUCAUCUCACCUGUUGGAACCAACUCUAAUCCCAACAGCCCAAAGAAGAAGCCCCUCCCAGUAGUGCAGUACUUGGAGGGAGAUCUGGUCUGGGCCAAGUUCAACCGCCGCCCCUGGUGGCCCUGUAGAGUUACCAUAGAUCCUCUGGAGAGGAUACACACACGCAUGAAAGUCCCCAGUCGUCGCCCUUGUCGUAUGUAUUAUGUGGAGACUCUGGGGGAGAUGGCAGACCAUGCCUGGGUACCUGGGAAAGUGACCUACCCCUUCACAGGAGGAGAGCGGUUCACAGAUCUGCCUGUGCUGAGACGGAGAGGGAAACAGAGAGAAAAGGACUACAAAUACACAAUACCCAAGCGUCUGUUUGAGUCGUGGAAAGUCGGUGUGCUGGAAGCUGAGUUUCUCCUACCUGACCUGCUGAAGAAUACUGCUGUCUCUUCUUCUAUGCCCUCUAACAGUGAAGAGCGGGUGUCCUUUCCACUGCCUGAUGAAAAACCAUCCGAGGCCCCCUCUUGUUCCUCCUCUAUGCUCACUGCACCCCCCUCCUUCAGCCCUCCCCCCAACAGAAACAAACAUCCCCCUGCUGCCGACCUGGCCGUAGCGAACGACAGUAGCAGCAAAAAUAAACCCUGCCAGAAGAAGAAGAAGAAGAGGAAGGGUUUGGCGGAGAUCUUUGGUCAUAUAGGUGGAAAUCCCACAGAGUCACUAAGCAUCCUAGACUUGGCCAACCAAAUGCCUGCUGCCGCAGCUGAUCCGCUGAAAGAAGAAGAUCCUAAGGACUCUCCAUACGCAGACCUGGAUUCUGUACCAACCAUUGUGCGUCCCAAACGGUCUGAGAAACCUGCUAAAGAAGACCCAGAGAAACCGUCUGAACCCUCACAAGAGGAGACAGAGGAAGGGGGCAAGAAGGAGUGGGCUACUCCUCCUGAAAAGGCCAAAGACAGGCAUGUGGUCAUGGUGGUUCCUAGGCAUGUAGUUCCCAUCUCCUCAUCCCCAAAUAUUUUAGUAAACAAAUCCCUUUUCAAUUACAGAACUACAAAAAACACAAAUGUUUUACAGUCAAAACAGAAGUUGGGCUCUUCUGAACUGAAGAAUAUAAAUGCUCUUGAUAAGCCCUCUCUGCAACUCCCUUCCAGCAGACGUCUGAUGACCAGGGCCCUGAAAGCAGAGGAAGAGACAGAUCUCAAACAGGCUCUGCUGGCCUCAAGCCAAAACUUGACAAACGAUAGGCUUAAUGUACAUUCUUCUGACGAUGAUGAUGAUGUGAGCGAUAUUGUUCAGAUCAGAACAGAGUCGUCUACUAGCAGGGAUUCUUCACCAGACAAAACCAGAUCCUCUGCUAGCUCUCCUAAAAAACAGCCCGAGUCUGAUUGGAAGCACCUCCACAACGGCUCGUGGAAAAACUCAGAAGAUGUGACUCCAGGGUCCAGUAAGCCUGUCAUACCCUCUAUUAAGGUCAAGGAAGAGAACAUUGUCUCAGACAUAUCCUCCUGUUCUUCCCCCACCUCCUCUCUCUCUCCCAUGGACACUUUCCAGGAUGUCAAGGAGCUGUCAUUCAAAUCCCUAGUGAAGGAGGAGAGUGACUCUGGGGAAUCUAACACUAAUUUUAAACCUGAGCCUAAUUACAAGUUCAGUACUUUCCUGAUGCUCCUGAAGGACAUGCAUGAUACCAGGGAGAAAGAGGGCAAGCCCCUGACCAUGCCUCCCUCGCAAGCCCUCAUCCAGGAGGAACCCAUGGUCAUAGCCACUGUCCAAGCACCAGACGACACCCUGAACACUGCUGCUGGCGGGGACUGGACACCAACGGGGACCAAAAUCCAAAACGGCCAGCAUGCGAGCUCGCUAAAACCCAAGAGCACACCAGCCAAACCCAAGAGCACACCGGCCAAACCCAAGAGCACACCGGCCAAACCCAAGUCCAAAACUAAACCCAUCAUGAAAAACGACACAUACAAACUUGAAGGGAAAACGGUGCUGGCUCAGAUGGUGGCGAACGCGGUGGAGAAGCAGCAGCGGAGGAAGCCGAGACCACCAGCCAAGCUCAGGGCCACCAUCGCUGGUCUCUCUACCGAGUUGGCCGACCUAGCCUGGGGGAGGGAGUUUGUCUCUGGACACGCUGACCUGGCUGAGCCUGGCCUCAGCCCCCCUCCUGUUCCUCCUGUCCCCUCCGCUGCUGACUCCUCAUCCUACCUCGACAAGAGCCCGGGUACCAAAGUGGCCCCUAAGAAGCGCUGGCAGACGUUUGCUCAGCAGGGGCCGGUGAAACCUGGGAAGGAUCCAGGGGACCCGGGUGGGGUGGCCUCACCGCAGGGGCUUGCGGAAGUGAAUGGGGUCUACAGAGACUGCCAGGGAGGGACACCAGACCCCAUCAGCUCCCCUGAUCUAAACCUGGGGAUGGAGAAGCAAGAUGACACAUCAGCACAUUCUGAAAACAAACGGCUGAGGAAACCCAGCAAAAGACUGCUGGAAUCCACAGAGGAGGAACAAUUCUUCUCCCCGAAGAAACAAAUAAAGAAACUUUUGGAAUCUUCCAAAACCUCUCCGAGCCGUUCUUCAGCCCCAGCCCUGCUAAUGUACACCUCUACACCCACCCCUCUCCCUACCUCUGGGGAGCCAGCCAGCCCCAGCCCUGGCCCUACCUCUGGGGAGCCAGCCAGCCUCACCCCUGGCCCUACCUCUGGGGAGCCAGCCAGCCCCAGCCCUGGCCCUACCUCUGGGAAGCCAGCCAGCCCCAGCCCUGGCCCUGCCUCUGGGAAGCCAGCCAGCCCUACCCCUGACCCUACCUCUGGGAAGCCAGCCAGCCCUACCCCUGACCCUACCUCUGGGAAGCCAGCCAGCCCCACCCCUGACCCUACCUCUGGGAAGCCAGCCAGCCCCAGCCCUGGCCCUACCUCUGGGAAGCCAGCCAGCCCCACCCCUGACCCUACCUCUGGGAAGCCAGCCAGCCCCAGCCCUGGCCCUACCUCUGGGAAGCCAGCCAGCCCCAGCCCUGACCCUACCUCUGGGAAGCCAGCCAGCCCUACCCCUGACCCUACCUCUGGGAAGCCAGCCAGCCCCACCCCUGGCCCUACCUCUGGGGAGCCAGCCAGCCCCAGCCCUGGCCCUACCUCUGGGAAGUCAGCCAGCCUCACCCCUGGCCCUGCCUCUGGGAAGCCAGCCAGCCCCACCCCUGACCCUACCUCUGGGGAGCCAGCCAGCCCCACCCCUGGCCCUGCCUCUGGGGAGCCAGCCAAAACAAAGGCCCUAGCAGGGCUGAAGCAGAGUCUGUCUCAAGAUGUCCUCCACCGUGUUAUAGAAUCAUUAUCCAAACAACCCCCAGCAGUGACCUCUUUCUCUACUGACUCAUCAUCCGAUGGGGCAAACCCUCCUCUGCCCUCUGACCCAGUAUCCCUGGAGAGGAAGAGGCCAAGGAAGCCGUCUCACAAGGUCCUGGAAUGCACCAUAGAAGAAGUGUCAGGCAGUCCUCCAAAGAAGAAGGAGUUGAAGAACCAGAGUGUACAGACAGACGUGAAAACAGAAGUCAGGGACACUCAGGUUAAGACUGUGAAGAAAGAAGUGCCUGUAUCCAGCGUGACAACUCCAGAGAGCAUGGUUUCUCUGCAGGCGUCCUCCCCUGCCUGGCCCCCUAGCCCUACAGUGCUCCUCACCCCCAAGGAAGAGACAGAGAAGAUCAGUCCUGGGGUGGGAGGAGAGAGCCACACCAACGGAGAGAGAACACCUAAACCUGAGGUGUUCUCUCCUGGUCUGAAUGACAGUUUCUCCCUACCUGGUGAAGGGUCCCUGGUCUCCAGCACUAAGAAGAACACAGGAGAGAAAGGAGGAGCUGCGUCCAUGAAGGAGAAUGUCUGUCAGGUGUGUGAGAGGACAGGUGAGCUGCUGCUGUGUGAGGGCCAGUGCUGUGGGGCGUUCCACCUGCAGUGUAUCGGCCUAUCAGAAGCCCCUAGAGGGAAGUUCAUCUGUUGUGAAUGCACUAAAGGGAUCCACACGUGCUUUGUGUGUAAGAAGUCUGGCGACGGUGUAAAGAGGUGCAUGGUGCCUGUAUGUGGGAAGUUCUACCACAACGAGUGUAUCCUGAAACACACACCCACCCAGCCCCAGAGUAAAGGGGUUCGCUGCUCCCUCCACGUCUGUCUGUCCUGCCACAUCACCAAUCCCCUCAACCCCUGCAUUUCCAAAAGUCGUCUGACCCGCUGCGUGCGCUGCCCUGUUGCGUACCACGCAAACGACUACUGCAUGGCGGCAGGCAGCAUUGUCCUGGCCAACAACAGCUUCCUGUGUCCAAACCACUUCACCCCCCGCAAGAACUACAAGAACCACGAACACAUCAACGUCAGCUGGUGCUUCGUCUGCUCAGAAGGGGGCAGUCUGCUGUGCUGCGAGGCCUGUCCUGCUGCCUUCCAUCAAGAGUGUCUGAACAUCGAGAUGCCCGAGGGGAGCUGGUUCUGCAACGACUGCAAGGCCGGGAAGAAACCGCACUUCAAGGACAUCCUCUGGGUUAAAGUGGGAAGAUUCAGGUGGUGGCCUGCGGAGGUGUGUCUUCCUAAGAACAUCCCAGAGAAGAUUCUCCGUAUGAAACAUGAGGUGGGGGAGUUCCCCGUUCAGUUCUUUGGUUCUAAGGACUACGCCUGGACCUACCAGGCCCGAGUCUUCCCUUACAUGGAGGGAGAUGCCAACAACAAGGACAAGAUGGGGAAGGGUUGUGACGCCAUCUACAAGAAAGCUCUGAAUGAAACAGCUGAGCGGUUUAUAGCGCUUCAGGCUGAGAAGGAGAUGAGACAGCUUCAGGAGGACAGGAGGAACGACAAGAAACCUCCUCCCUACAGACACAUCAAGGUGAACCGACCAAUUGGCAAGGUCCAGAUCAUCACGGCGGACCUAUCGGAGGUGCCUCGCUGUAACUGCAAGGCGUCUGAUGAGAACCCGUGUGGCAUGGACUCCGAGUGUAUCAACCGCAUGUUGAUGUAUGAGUGCCACCCUCAGGUGUGUUUGGCAGGGGAGAGGUGUCUGAACCAGAGUUACACCAAGAGACAGUACACCCAGGUGGAGAUCUUCAGAACCUUGUCACGAGGCUGGGGGCUACGGGGCGUCUCCGACAUCAAGAAGGGUGCAUUUGUGAAUGAGUACGUGGGGGAGGUGAUAGACGAGGAGGAGUGCAGAGCCAGGAUCAAACAUGCUCAAGAGAACGACAUCUGUAACUUCUACAUGCUCACUCUGGACAAGGACCGGAUUAUAGAUGCUGGACCCAAGGGGAACCAGGCGAGGUUCAUGAAUCACUGCUGCCAGCCGAACUGUGAGACCCAGAAGUGGACGGUAAACGGAGACACCAGGGUGGGGCUCUUUGCCCUGGAGGACAUCCCCGAAGGUGUGGAGUUGACCUUCAACUACAACCUGGAGUGUCUUGGUAACGGGAAGACGGUGUGUAAAUGUGGAGCGCCCAACUGCUCUGGGUUCCUGGGGGUCCGACCAAAGAACCAGCCAUCUAAAGCACGGGAAGGAAGGGAACUAAAGGAGGGCAAGAAGAAGGUUCUGGUGAAGAGGAAGCCUCAGCAGGAGGUGACGAAGGAGAGGGAGGACGGGUGUUUCAGCUGUGGGGACGGAGGACAGAUCGUGUCCUGUAAGAAGACAGGAUGUCCCAAGGUCUACCACGCAGACUGUCUCAACCUGGCCAAGAGACCUGCAGGCCGUUGGGAGUGCCCCUGGCACCAGUGUGACGUCUGCGGUCAUGAGGCAGCCUCCUUCUGUGAGAUGUGUCCCAGCUCCUUCUGCACGCAGCACCGUGAGGGCUUGCUCUUCAUCUCUAAGAUAGACGGGCGGCUCGCCUGCAACGAUCACGACCCCUGUGGACCCGAGCCCCUGGAACCAGGGGAGAUCAGGGAGUACGUACCUCCUGGGGGCAUGCCUCUCCCCCACCUCACCCACCCCCAGGGUCAGGUCCCACCCAGGCCUGGUUCCACCACUGCUGGUUCUAUCCCCUCCACAGUUGCCCCAGACCUGACCCAGGACUCGCUACUGCCCCCUACAGGGAGCUUGUUCCUCAACACCUCCCAGAACUCCAAUACCUCCUCCUACGGACCCCCUAGCAGUCCCUACAUGUCUGAUAGUCAAAUACUGCACUUCUCCCUUCCUUCUCCCCCCUCCUCCUACAAGGACGUGAAAGAGGAGGAGGAGGAGGAUGGAGAGCUGGAAGACGGACAGGUGGGUGGAUUAGAAGAGGAUGCAGAGGAGGAUGAAGAAGAGGAGGAAGGAGAGGCGAUGGAGGUAGUUGAGGAGGAAGAUGAGCAGUAUGAGGGCAGACUAGGAGAGGCGGAAGGGGGAGAUGUGUAUGACACCUGGGGGGACUACAUGGAGGAAGAGCCAGACGAUGAGGGGGAGGUAGAGGGACAGGAGGAGGAGCCAGACGAUGAGGGGGGGGUAGAGGGACAGGAGGAGGAGUGGGGGAGGGUGGAAGAUGAAGAGAAAUGAACUCUGUUUUACAUCCCUCCCCCUUGUCUUCCAUUCCUUCUUCCAUCUAUCCACCUCUUACGAAAAUACUGUUUCUCUAGCUCUCAUCUCUCUAGUGACAUUCUGAUGGACUGACACUGAGAGACAGAGAGAGAGAUUGUCCUGGUGGUGCCAAGUGAAAUACGAAGCUGCCUCUGUGUUCACACUGCAUUGCCUUCCUAUGCCCAGCAUAGCAUAGCACAGUGUGGGAUAUAAACUGGUGCUAAGGGGCUGGGAGGACUGCUCUGGUCAGCCUCUGGUCCAUCUGUUGAUAUGUUAUUAGUAUGUGCUCUGGUCAGCCUCUGGUCCAUCUGUUGAUAUGUUAUUGGUAUGUGCUCUGGUCAGCCUCUUGUCCAUCUGUUGAUAUGUUAUUAGUAUGUGCUCUGGUCCAUCUGUUGAUAUGUUAUUGGUAUGUGCUCUGGUCAGCCUCUUGUCCAUCUGUUGAUAUGUUAUUAGUGACUGGUGCUGUUUUUCUUCUCUCAAAGUAUUUUUUUUUUUUUUUUUUUACAAUUGGAAAACAAAAAAGGAUGGGCAGCCUCACUCAGCCACACCCUGACUAUACCGGGUCUGUUGCGUGUGUGACCAUUGCAAAAUAAAUGUACAAAUUCAAUCAUUUCAUCCACACUGCUUGCGCACGUCAACUAACGUCUUCGAUGCCAAACUCUGAAGUAGAACAUGGUUCUUUUUGAGACACUCGAUGCACAAUGUCACGUCUCCUUAUUGCUUUACAUAAGGAUACAACCCCACAUGUUUGCUUGAAAUGAGAAACCUGCAGAUAUUAUUCAAAGAGAACUUACUAGGUUUCCCUUUUAAUUUGGGGAUUAUACGCCGGAAUGGAGAUACAUACACACACAUACACAUAUACAUACAUACACAUAUACAUACAUACACACACAUAUACACACACACACAUAUACACACACACACACACACACAAUUUUUUGUAUGACCUGGGUCAAAGUUCUCCAAAGGACCUCCUCAGAAUGGGAACACGUAUGCAUGAGAAGGUAAAAUAACAACCCACUGUUCAUCUCCCAGGACAAACUAGCUAACAACAGCUAUCCAACGUCCAUGAACGUUUCCUGUGUAUUUUCACCUGUCCCCAAAUGAAUAGUUUGGUUUUGUUAUUUUUAACCUGCAAGUCAUGAUCGCGUCUGGUUCGAGUAGAUCAAAUCAACACGGCCACGAUGGCGCACGCACGUGCGGGGCCGGUGGAGACAUGAUUUUUGAGUUAGGAGCUCGAGCAGUUAUCAAGAAUAAUGAACGAUAUGCUCUCAAUGAUCACUGAUUUAUAAAACGGCAUAAACAACUUCUGGUUUGGAUAUAUACCUUUUGUUAAAAAUCAACACAAUCGUGAAAUCUAAAGUGCAUCUCUUGUAAACGGUAAAGAAAAAACACCUUUUGUCCACAGCGAAAGAUUAUGAUGAUAAAACUCUCAAUCCAUAAUUAAGAUCCCAGAUGGUCCAUUAUCUUAAGAUGGUUUAUGGCUGGACAAACAGAAACAUUCCAAGAGUUCAGAACAUCACUCCUGUUUAGUUGUGCGCACAUCAAUGUUUCGACCUUCAUUUAUGGCUUCACGUUACCGUUCCAUCCACAGAAUUAGAACACAUUCUAGUUCUAUGAUUCCAUCACCAUAGGUCAUUCAACGAUCACGUCUGGCAGGAAAAGGUAUUGGGAGAUGAUGCGAAAGUUUAUAUUGUGAGUGAACGUGGUGUGGUGUAUGUUUGAGUGCACGCACUUGUCUGCUGUUAUAGAAUCAAGCGAUACUUGUCAUGUAUUGUCUCAUGGCCUAAAGAACAGUGUUUUAGAGUUUUAUAAAGUAGAGUUUUAUACUUCUGAAUUGACUGUUGUGGUGCUGUAAACAUUUGAACACAAACCCCUUAGUAUAGACUGCAUCGUCUCGCUGGAAAGCUGGUUGCCUGCAUCACUAAAAUACAUGGUUUAUCACCUCUGUUGAUUAACUGAAGAGCCAAGCAGAAUGUCUCAUGUUUUCUGUCAUAACUAAUGUUGAUUCAUCAGGCAGCUUUUCCAACAGGAUGGUUUAUCAUCACAAUGAAGCUGUGAAGUGUUCUGAAACGUCUCUACAUUCUAGAAAGGUUGUUCCGAGACCUUCAGUUCAUACAUUUUGUGUAAUGUUCUGCUCUAUAUGUUCGGCAUUCAAACAUGUAGCAGCACACUUCCAAUGCACAAACACACGGGUCCAGUUUGUUUGGUUGCUGGUUAUGGUUAAAUUCCAUGAAAUAACAAUCCUUCCCAUGAGUCUCAUCUAAUGCUUUUUAGCCUUUUAAAACAAUCAAUUGGGUCCAACACAUAUCAACUAAAUGAGAAAAUGAUGUACUGAAUUCUCAAACAGAAGCACUACCAUUUUUUUACAUGGCUUGCCUAAUAAUGUGUCAACAAAUAUUUCUGCCUCACUCUUGACUUGACAUCCAGGCAGAGAAAUAUAUGUAUGUUUUGGUUGGCUAGUUUGGUAUGUAUCAAACCUAUAUAUCUUUUCCUUUUUUUCAUUAUUUUGUUCCUUUUUUUGUGAUGUUUGACAACAGGUCUACUUUGAAAAGUUCUCUGGCCACUCCAGUUUUUUUUUUUUUUUUUAGAGAGAUGAAACACAGAAAUAGAUUUUCUGAAGAAACAGGGGAUAAUGUUUAUUGCUGCCAUGUUGAGAAAACUCAUGAACUGAAUUGUACUCCUUUGUGUAUAAUAAAUAUUAUAAGUAAAGUUUCACAAUAGAA